AUGUCAUGUUUGUAUUCAUCAGCCCGUGAGCGGUAUGGCUUUGAUUUUGAUAUUGACCAAUGGUAUCAAAAAUGUUCGGAAUUUACUCCUUUCACUAAAUUUAUUUUCAUUUCCAAAGAGCAAGCCAGCGUUUUAAAAAGACAGCACGAACAUCAAGUUUUGAAACAAGAAGUGGCACAGAUAUCUCAAGAGGAAUAUGAAUUAUUGAAAAUUCUUGAAAAAGAAAUUGAUGAUGUGUUACAAAAUGAGAAGGAAUUUUUUGAUGAAGAGAAUGAUAUUUCUUGUGCUUUUAUUAGAUUGAAUACUCGAUCACCUAAAGACGCUGCGUUCUCGUCUCAAAAAAUUAAACAAAUUUUAAAAAGAAAAUUGUAUGAAAAAUCCAUGCAAUAUAGAGAACCAGCAUUGCUGUCCAACGAUGAGAAGCAAAAUGAUGAAUUUAUUUCUUUUUUUGAAUCACAAGUAGAAGUGAUGCGAUUUGAAAGUGGAGCUGAAGCACUAGAAAUGAUGGUUGCUUCCAAUAGAGUCUAUGAAGAUUUAUCUAUUGCACUUGAGCACAGAACAGAUCCAUCCGACUGGAAUGUAUUCAUUGCCAUGAGGAAAUGGAUACCAGGUCAUGAAAUUGGCUUGGAGUUUAGAGGUUUCGUCUUUGAAAGAAAGUUGUGUGCUUUAUCACAAUACUUUGAUGCCUUAUAUUUUGAAGAUUUACACAACCAUAAGGAUAUAUAUUUGAAGGCUAUUCAGCAAUUUUUUGAAGAAAGGAAACAUCAACUGCCAUAUGAAAAUUGUGUUUUAGAUGUCAUGGUUAUGAGAAACAAAGAAUCCACGAGUGAUGCUGAAGAAGAAGCACCUCCUUCAGCUCCAACAUUAGAAAAUUUAACUGUUCAAGUGCUAGAGUUUAAUCCGUUCAACAAGUUUACAGGUAGCGCUCUCUUUUCAUGGAUUACUGAUGCUGAUACGUUGCAUGGACGUAAACCGUUUGAAUUUAGAAUUAGAGAAGCGCCUCUCCCAGCACUAAGAAGUGGAUUGCAGGAAAAAGCUUCUGACCAUGAGAAUGGAGACCUUACUUCUCAACAAACGAUUAUGUUUAAUUUAUUUAAUGUGCAAGACGAUUCCAUUUUGCAAGAGCAUGGAGAUUUGAUUGCCAUGGUAGAUGAUUUCAUGAAUAAUGAUCUUGAAAGAAUUAAUGCAAACCUACGUUAUGUGUUACAAAAAACAACAAAGGAAAGUGCUUUGGAAAGGCUGGCUCUGAGCGAAUAA